AUGUGCCAAAGUGGAUGUUGCUCUACUGGAUGCUGCUCUGUUGUGAAGAGCAAAACGGUGUGCUGCAGUCCCUGCCAGAAGACCGUCUGCUGUGACCCAUGCCAGAAGACUGUCUGCUGCAGCCCAUGCCAGCAGUCUUGCUGCUGUGACCCAUGCCAGCAGUCCUGCUGUGACCCAUGCCAGCAGUCUUGCUGUGACCCAUGCCAGAAGCCCUGCUGUGACCCGUGCCAGCAGUCUUGCUGUGACCCAUGCCAGAAGCCCUGCUGUGACCCAUGCCAGCAGUCCAUCUGCUGUGACCCUUGCCAGAAGCCCUGCUGUGACCCAUGCCAGCAGUCCAUCUGCUGUGACCCAUGCCAGAAGCCCUGCUGUGACCCAUGCCAGCAGUCCAUCUGCUGUGACCCUUGCCAGAAGCCCUGCUGUGACCCUUGCCAGCAGUCUUGCUGUGACCCUUGCCAGAAGCCCUGCUGUGACCCUUGCCAGCAGUCCUGCUGUGACCCGUGCCAGAAGCCCUGCUGUGACCCUUGCCAGCAGUCUUGCUGUGACCCAUGCCAGCAGUCCUGCUGUGACCCUUGCCAGAAGCCCUGCUGUGACCCAUGCCAGCAGUCUUGCUGUGAUCCUUGCCAGCAGUCUUGCUGUGACCCUUGCCAGAAGCCCUGCUGUGACCCUUGCCAGCAGUCCUGCUGUGACCCAUGCCAGAAGCCCUGCUGCUGCUGCUGUGGCCAGCAAUGCGUGCGGACUUGCUGCUGUGGCUGCCGCCCCUGCUGUUGCUCUGGAUGUCUGUCUUGCUGCUCCUACGUGGUGAAGAAGAAGCCUGUUGUGGUGUGCUGCAGCCCUGUGAAUUACUGCUCCCCCAUGAGAAAGUAUUGCAUUCCCAUCCAGCAGUGCUGCACCACAAUCAAGAAGUGCUGCUGA